AUGCUUCUGGAACAGGCAUCAGAAAUGAAAGGCAAGGGGGAGGCCCACACCUUCUCCAUGAACCCCGCCGGCAAACCCCGGGGAGCUGCCAACCUGGCUGCGCCGCGAGAAGACGUAGCCCUGACCCUGAACCCCGAGAGCAUUAAAAUCUCCGAGGUGGAGAUGGAGUGCUACUACUCUCUGCUGCAAACGGCGGCCCUAAUCGAGUCCAUCGCUACAAUGGCACUACUGGAGAGGGAGAGCACGUGGGCGACGCCGCCACCUCCCUGGGCUCGAAGAAGUUCCAUGUUUUCUGGGGGAUCCCCUCUCCCCAAAUGUGGAGGGGAGCAGAAACACGUGGGAAGGACUGGGAGUCCGGACCGAGCUCCCCGGGCCAGGACCCGGAGGCAGGUGUUGCUGGAGGGGGAGAAAGAGCGUGAGCCCCUGUGCUUGGUUGUUAUGCUGAGUUCUGUCAGUGAGUUACUGAGUUACAUUGACGAGAAGCAGUUAACCCCUGAAUUUGGAGGCACCUUGGAAUACUGUCACAGUGAAUGGAUUAUCUUCAGAACAGCUAUUGAAAACUUUGCCCUUACCGUGAAGGAUAUUGCACAGAUCCUGCAGUCCUUUGGGACAGAGUUGGCUGAAACGGAACUGCCAGAUGACUCUUUCUCCAUUGAGCAACUAUUGACAAUCCGCACCCAAAAAUACUUUCAGUUGAAGGAAGAGAUAAUCAAUGUUAUGAAAGAAGGAAACAUGCUGCUAAGGACCUUCGAAGUGCCUCACACCAAAGAAUCCAAGGAAUGUUCUAAAGAAAAAUGUGGAGAUUGGGAAACUGUUAAAAGAUUACUUGCUCAAUUGCAUGAGAUGGAAGUGGCCUUUGAUGACUUUUGGGACAAACAUCAACUCAAGAUGGAUCAGUAUGUCCAACUGUGGAAAUUUGAACAGAAUUUCUUAGAGCUUAAGGAUGCUAUAGAGUUCUUGAUGAACCAGCAAGCUGCUCUACCCAGUACUGGAAACAGCCCAACAGAUGUGAAGCAAAGGCUCAUAGAGUUGGGGACCUUGGAUGAGAUGGCUAAGGAGUUGAUUGGAAAGGCCCAGCUUCUGAUACUACAAGGGCACCAGCUUGCAGCCAGUCACCACUAUGCAGUUGAAUUAAUCUGCCAGAGGUGCAAUGAGUUAAGACACCAAACAGAUGUAUUGUCUGAAGAGCUGAAAGCCAAAGACAAGAAGCUCACCAAGACCUUGGAACUCCAGAAUCGGCUGCGUCAGGCUCUCCUGUGCUGUGAUGAGGGGGCCUAUCUCCUUGCUAAUCAGCCGAUGGAUAAAUGCCAGGCAAAAGAAGGUGCUCAGAGAGCUCUUUAUGAAAUCGAGAAGUUCCUUGAUGUGACUCUCCCCAAUUUAAAGUAUGAUCCUCGUGUCCUACAGCGGGAAUUCGAGGUCAUUUUGACUCCCGAACUCAAGGCUCAGAUCCAGGCUGUCCAAACCAAGCUGGAAAACAUUCGCAGCAUGUUCCAGAACCGGCAGAGUUGUUUCCGGAAGCUGGCAGAUAAGCAAUCCCGGCCCAUCCAACUUGUGACGCCCCGGCCCGAACACGCAGGCAGAUCCAAAUCGCCACUGUUCUCACCCAGACACGGUAAAACGAAAUCAAGAAAGCCUCAGAACUCACGAAAAAUUGAAGUGAUGCACGAUUACCAAGAGAAGAGAAAUUCCUUACAGUACAUUAUUUCGGACAGUGAAGCCAACUUGGAUGUGCUCAAAAGCCAUGUCAUAAAUGAGCUAAUAGAGACUGAGAGGGUGUAUGUGGAUGAACUGUUCUCUGUCUUGAUGGGCUACCGAGCAGAGAUGGACAACCCCUCGAUGCUAGUGCACAUGCCACCUGCCCUAAGAGGCAGGAAGGAUAUUCUCUUUGGGAACAUGCCUGAAAUCUAUGAAUUCCACAACACGAUUUUUCUGCAGAGCCUGGAAAGCUGCAUUAGAACACCACAACGUGUGGGAUAUUGUUUCCUGGAAAGGCGGAACAAUUUCCAGAUAUAUGAGACGUACUGUCAGAACAAGCCCAGAUCCGAGCUGCUUUGGAGACAGUACUCAGAGAGCACCUUUUUCAUUGAAUGCCAAAAGAAACUAGAACAUAAGCUUGGUCUAGACUCCUAUCUGCUCAAACCCGUGCAACGCCUGACAAAAUACCAGUUGCUUUUGAAGGAGUUACUCAAGUACAGUGGUAACUGUGAAGGUGUCCAACAGCUCCAGGAAGCUCUCAUUGCCAUGCUGGACUUACUGAAGUCUGUCAAUGAUUCCAUGCACCAGACCGCCAUUAUUGGCUAUGAGGGUAACCUAAGUGACCUGGGCAAGGUAUUAAUGCAAGGAUCAUUCAGUGUUUGGAUUAGUCAUAGAAAAGGUACCACCAAAAUGAAGGACUUUGCCCGAUUCAAGCCAAUGCAACGCCACCUUUUCUUGUAUGAAAAAGCUCUUGUGUUCUGUAAGAGAAGAGAUGAACAUGGAGAUGGACAUGACAAAACACCCUUCUAUAGCUUUAAGCACUAUUUGAAAAUGAGUGCCAUUGGAAUCACCGAGAAUGUGAAAGGAGAUAGCCGCAAAUUUGAAAUCUGGUACAGUGGGCGUGAAGAAGUUUACAUUAUGCAGGCCCAGACAAUGGAAUCAAAGGCAGCCUGGUUGAACGAAAUAAGGAAAAUUUUGUUCAGGCAGCAAGAACUUAUGAAAGUUGAAAAGCAGCAGCAGAAACAGGCCGCGGAGCCAGUUCCAAUUGUUCCUCAGCUGACUGACAGAAUGCAGCAGCAAAUGUCCCUAAGCUCUGAAGAGAAUGAAUCUGAUCGCACGAGCCCUGUGAUGUUGGAGAAUUUGGCCGUGUCGCCCCAGAAUAAAACAAGCAAAAGUAGGUAUAAGCCCCCUCCAUCUCCUUCAGUCCCAGAGAGGAGGCAGGUCUGGGCAGAUCGGUGUCUCCAGGUGUUUUUCUGGAGAAUCACUCUACUUGUCGAGGGCCGCAACGUUUACGAUGUGAACUGA